GGUCCUUGGCAAUAGUAGUGGGUUUAGUGAUAUGCUCAAGAAGCUUUUGCUACUGCCACUGCUCCUUUCCUUUCUCCUCACUUUCUCACUAUCUGAGGUCAUUUUUGAAGAGAGAUUCGAAGAUGGGUGGCAGAGUCGGUGGGUUAAAUCAGAUUGGAAGAAAAGUGAAGGGAAGGCAGGAUCAUUUAAGCACACGGCUGGCAAGUGGGCUGGAGAUCCAGAUGAUAAAGGCAUCCAGACAUCUACAGAUGCAAGGCACUUCGCCAUAUCUGCUAAGAUUCCAGAGUUCAGCAACAAGAACAGAACAUUGGUACUCCAGUAUUCUAUAAAGUUUGAACAGGAAAUUGAAUGUGGUGGUGGUUACAUAAAACUUCUUUCUGGAUUUGUCAAUCAGAAGAAAUUUGGGGGCGACACUCCUUACAGUGUAAUGUUUGGACCAGAUCUAUGUGGCACACAAACAAAGAAGCUCCAUGUUAUAGUCUCCUACCAGGGCCAGAAUUACCCUAUCAAGAAGGAUCUGCAAUGUGAAACGGAUAAGUUAUCACAUUUCUACACAUUCAUUCUUAGGCCUGAUGCAUCGUAUAGCGUCCUGAUUGACAAUCGAGAGAGAGAAUCCGGAAGCAUGUAUUCUGAUUGGGAUAUCCUCCCCCCUCGAAAGAUUAAAGACACCAAGGCAAAAAAGCCUGCAGACUGGGAUGACAGAGAAUAUAUUGAAGAUCCUAAUGAUGUCAAACCUGAGGGUUAUGAUUCAAUUCCAGCAGAAAUUCCUGAUCCAAAAGCUAAAGAGCCUGAUAAUUGGGAUGAAGAAGAGGAUGGUCUAUGGAAACCACCAAAAAUACCAAAUCCAGCAUACAAAGGACCAUGGAGGCGGAAGAAAAUUAAGAAUCCUAACUACAAGGGGAAGUGGAAGAAUCAAUGGAUCGACAAUCCCGAAUUUGAAGAUGACCCUGAUCUUUAUGUACUAAAGCCAAUUAAAUAUGUGGGCAUCGAAGUGUGGCAGGUGAAGGCUGGUGCAAUUUAUGACAACAUUUUGAUUUGUGAUGAUCCAGAGUAUGCAAAACAAGUUGUGGAGGAAGUAUUUGCCCAUAGGGAGUCUGAAAAAGAGGCAUUUGAGGAAGCAGAAAAAGUGAGAAAAGCACGAGAGGAAGAGGAAGCUCAAAGAGCAAGAGAGGAAGGUGAAAGAAGGAGAAGGGAGCGGGGCCAUGAUCGACGUUAUCGAGAUAGGGAGCGAUACAGAGACAGAUAUAGAAGGCAUCAUCGCCGCGAUUACUUGGAUGAUUACCAUGAUGAACUCUGAUGAUCAUGCCCAAACACGAGCCUUUUUGAGAUUUGCUGCCCCCCGAUGAACGUUUGCGGUACUCUCUCCCCCACAAUCUUCCCCUUCCAGCCUCAAGGUCAGAAUAACGAUGCCAAAUCAGCAUCAUUUUGCCAGUUGGCAGUAUGUUUUGAAACCAUUGUUGGUAUCAUUAUAUCAUUCCUGGAAGUAUUUCUUGGAUGUCAAUCUGUUGUUCUAUGCAUUUAACUUUCUAUGUAACAACUGCUCUACAAAUAAUGUUAUUUCCCCAA